GGCUCAGACAGAGUAGAUCCAGAGCCCUCCUUUCAAGGCGUAUUGAAUGAAAGCAAUUUUUCAUGCUUUCUUUGAUUUUGGGGUUUUGGGGCAAUUUAUCUCUGAAGGUGAGAAGAAAGCCAUGUCAAGGUUUCAGGUCAAGCUUGGCCGGCAUUGGCAGGACUACGAGCACAAGGAAGACAAGAGAUUAAAGACUGCUUACAUGUCUGGACAGCGAACUGCUCGUUUCAAUAUGUUCAUCAAUGGCAAGAAGGAAAAGUACGAGGUCAACUUCAAGCAAAUGACCCAGGAGAAUCUCAUCAGCGGUGGCACUCGAGAAAUCCGGGCUCCGUACCGAAUGGAAGCCCCUGGCGGGCCAAUUCGAGAUGCGGACGACAAACCUAUGGAGCCAGGACCAACUAUUUGCAUCAAGGUACCUGAAGGUGCUGCAGGCAAGGUCAUCCAGGUGCCCCAUCCAAAGGCCAAGGGUCAGUACUUUGAAGUGAAAGUACCAGCAGAUGCAAAGGCUGGACAAGCAAUGCUCGUGCCUGUGCCAUCUUGGGAAGGUCGACUUGAUCCAGUUCGGGAGCAGUUCAAAAAGUGGGACAAAGAUGGCAAAGGUUACAUCAGCUUUGCUGAGUUGGCUGAGCUCAUAGCACAGCUGAACCCAGAGCUGAGCAGAACAGAGAUCAAUGAUCUCAUUUUGCAAGUGGACAAGAACCAAGAUUACAAGAUCUCCUAUGAUGAGUUUGCCACUUUCCUGGAGAUGGGGAAGGGAGGUCCGGCGCCAGUAGGAGGAGGUGGAGAAGGACCAACACCUGCAGCUGGAGGCACGGAUCCAGCGGCUGGAGCCGAAGGAAAGAAGGGUUGGAGCAUGGGCAAGAAGAUCGCAGUGGGGGCAGGAGUAACAGCAGGUGUAGCAGUGGUAGGCGCUGCCUGCGUUGCCGGUGCCCUGCUGGCGGAAGGAGAUGGCCUCGAAGACCUGGGCGACACGAUUGGUGAGAUUGCUGGGGAUGCCGGAGAUGCUAUCGGUGACGUUGCUGGCGAUGUUGGGGAGUGGAUUGCCGGUGCUACCGAGGAUGCAGGAGACUUCAUCAUGGACCUUUUCUGAGGAAUAUCGAGCUUGCAGCCAUCGCACAUGAUUGGCCCAUGGAUUGUGAACACAUGGUCACCACCUUUGAAGGAGAAACUGUGAUACUUUCUACCUGCUAGUCAUGCUAGUGUUGUACGAUCCCAUCUCUUCAAGAGAGAGAGAGCGGUGCAACCUUUGCAGUUGUGAAGUUGUGGACGGUGUUUCACCGCGCUCUCUCAAAAGUUGAGGAGGCGCUUCGCUUUCUGCGAUCAAAACAAGCUCACAAUUCCUUUUCGACAGUGCCAUCCAUGUACUGGCCUUUCUUGUUGCUUCUUUCACAGAACAUGGAGCUCUCGCGAUCUUUCUGCUCCACCUUAACUUGAGCGGCGA